GAAUCCAUCAUCUCCAUACAAUCGACUAUUAGAUCGUAGAUUUUUUAUGGUUAAUACAUCGGUAGCUCGUUCACCGGUAUUUAUAAAUAUGCGUGAAGUAUGUGGUAGGCAUAAAUUAACACCAGGUCAUUAUGUAAUUAUCCCGUGUACAUUUAAUCCAAAUGAAGAAGCUAAAUUUAUGCUACGUAUAUUCUCUGAACGACCAUGUGAUUCAAAUGAAUUAGAUGAAGACACUCAAAUCAAUCUUGUUGUACGACCUGAUGAACCAAUUAAAACAGCUGAUGAAAGUUUAAUUGAGAAAUUACAAGUUGUUUUCAAUAGAAUAGCUGGCCCAAGUGGAGCUAUUACAUAUACUCAGCUACAAGAUAUAUUAAAUGAAGCAUUCACAAAAGAUUUUCCAUUUGAUGGAUUUAGUCGUGAAACUGCCAGAAGUAUGAUGGCUUUAAUGGAUGCUGAUUUAAGUGGUGGUUUGGGUUUUGAUGAAUUUAAAAAACUUUGGAUGGAAUUACGCAUUUGGAAGACUAUCUUCAAAAAAUUCGAUGGAAGUCAUAGUGGCAGCUUAGUUGCUUUUGAAUUACGUAAUGUAAUGAGGACCGUUGGUUUUUCUGUGAGUAAUAUGAUUUUCAAGGCUAUCGCUUGUCGAUAUGCAAAUGAAAAAGGUCAGAUCUUAUUUGAUGACUACAUUUUACUGUUAAUUCGACUAUCCACUGUUUUUGAAACAUUCAAAGCACAAGAACGUACUCGAGAUGGUCGAGCUGUCUUUGGAGCUGAUGAUUUCAUUCGAUCAGUUAUAUACAUUUAAAAGCAGAUUAAAAAUAAAACCAUCAUCAUCAUCCUAAUAAUAUUUAUGUGAAUACCAGAUUAUGAUGGUGAUAAGAAACCGAAACAGCCAACCAAAUUGCAUAUGUGUGUGUAUGAUGUGUGUGUGCGUACAACGUCUGUCAGGCACACACACAACAUAUCGAUCGUAACCAUCAUGUAUUAUUAUUAUUUUGCUACUUGACUUUUUUUUUUGAUUAAUUUUAAUUUUUUUGUAUUUUUUUAAAAAAUGUUAUUUAUAUACCUGAUAAUAUUAGUAAAAGCUUUUUUGGCAAUAUAAAUAAAACAUACAUUAAUUUGCUUUUAUGAUGAACACUCUACAUGAUUCUC